CCCAAUCAAUCAGGUGACCGGAAAUGACUGUUCAGCAGAAACAUGGCGGAGGAGCAACAGCAAGAGAUCUCUCAAAAAGAGGCUGAUGGGCUGAAUUGUCUUGCAUAUGAUGAAGCUAUUAUUGCACAGCAAGAUAAGAUUCAGCAAGAGAUAGCGACCAGUACUUCUCUGGUGUCAGAAAGACAGGACCUGACUAUCCUUAAGCGAGAGUAUGCUGACGAUGACGCCAUUUACCAGCAGAAGAUAAAAGACUUGCAGAAGAAGUACUCAUCCAUACGCAAAACACGGCCAGAUGGGAACUGUUUCUACAGAGCCUUUGGUUUUUCACAUCUAGAGUCUUUACUUGAAGACAGCAAGGAAUUACAUAGGUUCAAGGCUAUUGCUGCCAAGAGCAAACUGGAUCUGGUGAGCCAAGGUUUCACAGAAUUCACCAUUGAAGAUUUUCAUAACACAUUCAUGGACCUGAUUGAGGCUUGUGAUAAGCAAACGUCUGUAGGUGAGCUGCUCAACUCUUUUAAUGAGCAGAGCGUGUCGGAUUAUCUUGUCGUCUAUCUGCGGCUGGUGACCUCUGGGUACCUGCAGAGAGAGGAAGACUUCUUCCAGCACUUCAUAGAGGGCGGCCGCACCGUUCGAGAGUUCUGCCAACAGGAGGUGGAGCCCAUGUCCAAAGAGAGUGACCACAUUCACAUUAUAGCUCUGGCUCAGGCUUUGAACGUGUGCAUCCAGGUGGAGUACAUGGAUCGAGGAGAGGGGGGAACAGUCAAUCACCACAUCUUCCCUGAAGACGGAGAGCCCAAGAUUUUCUUGCUCUACCGACCAGGCCACUACGACAUCUUGUACAAAUAACAGAUCUGCACGUAUUGCUGCUAAGGCCUCGUUUGUUUCUGUGCUGUGGGUUUGACUUGACUCUAAAUCUGUGAAAUGUGAACACGAGAGCCCAGCACUCAACA